AAGGGGGGAGGAGGAGGAGUGAGGCAGGGCUACGGUACAGGUGGCUGUAGGUCAGCGGCUCCGGCGCGGCGCCCUCGGAUGGGCCGGUGCCGCCUGACUCACUCCCCGCCGCCUCCCGGGCGCUGCCAGCCGCGGGCGCCGCUCUCCAGCCGCCUGUGGGCUGCCGGUGUCCCGGCCGGCGGCGGAGGGCUGCUGACUACCCUCCUCAGGCGGGCCCCAGUGAAGCCCAGGGAGAACUCGCACGAGGAACGAGCCAGAGAAACGGACCACGUGCAGAGAGCUGUCAGACUCACAGAUGGAAUAAACUGAAAUUUGUGGCAGGGAGAGGAGAGUAAGAAAAGGAGAUUAUUUGACUGUCACAUGAAUUCCUCAAGGAUAAUGGACCCUAAGGUGCGAGAGACUGAAGGAGAUGGAGAGGACAACUCAGGAAAGAAAAAAUCAAAGUUCAAAUCUUUCAAAAAGUUUUUUGGGAAAAAAAAAAGGAAAGAAACACCGUCUUCUGGGAGCAGCAGUCUGAAGCUAUGCCAGUCAACGAGCGAUGUCACAGCCUCACACGACAUCCAUGUUAAUUAUGAUUCUGAAGAUGAACUCAAGACACAUAAAGGCAUUAUGGGAAGCAGAGCUUUGUCACAUGAUAGCAUUUUCAUCCCUGAGACUGGGCAAGAGCCUGCAAGGCCAGUAAGAGUGUUUUCUCAAGAAAACAUUUCUGAUCGGAUUAGAGCUUUACAGUUGAAGCUCCAGCCUACCAUGAAACUGGGACCUCCACCUCCAUUUGGACUUCAUGCAAAGCGAACAGAGGAUGCUGGGACCAGUUCUGAAGAUGAUGGAUUACCCAGGAGCCCUCCAGAAAUGUCUUUGCUGCAUGAAAACGUAUAUUCAGGCACAACAACAAGAUUCUCUGACUCUCACAAGCACCUUAGCUCUUUGAGUUUAGCUGGAACAGGCAGUGAAGAAGAAGAACAGGUUACAUUGAGUCCUUCUUCUAGAUCUCGCUCUACAGACGGUCAGCUGUUCCCUAAGCAUGGAAGUGCUAAAACUGGAGCUCCCCAGAUAUCUGAUGGUGCCGUCUUGCCUGCAGCUGAUUUUGACACUCCACCUGAGCUUUCCUCUUGCUUGGAUAAUUCUGCUGCUAGACACAAGCUUUUAAUAAAACCCCGGAACCAGAGAUCCAGUAAAAUGAGAAGAUUUUCUCAGAGGACCCAGUCUGAAUCUCUGACUGAUUUGAGCUGUACCCCAGAAGAAGAAGAAGAAGAAGAAGAGGAUGAUGAAAAGGAGAUGCAGACAGGCUUGCCAGAUGCUGUAUUCAAACCCAGCAAUCAAGAACUGCCAUGCGGCACAGCUGCAGCGCAGGAUGUGGCUUCCUGGCCAAAGCCCAGAACGCCUGAGGACCUUUCCCCUGCUUUGAGACCAGCGAUGACUCAGCCUGCUUCUGAGUCUGCUGUUGCACAGGAAGCCCUGCUACCAGAGAAUAAACCGGAGGGCUGCCAACCAACACUGGAAACGACGUGUGUGAAGUCUGAGUCCUCAUUGCCGUUAGAAGGCAAAGACUUCACAACUUCUUCCGACUCUGGUCCAGACAGAGAAGUGCAAAAGCAAGAAGAUUCCUCAGAAACACCGGUUCUGUUGUCUGGGGAAGUGAGCGAUGUGUCAAUCAAUAUUUUCAAUCAAGAAAAUAAGGAGCUUCUUACUGUGUUUUCAGUAAAUAAAAUACCAUCUGAAGAAGAUAUUUCCCUUAGUAGGAGUAGUAUUGUUUGCUUGGAAGGGUCUGAAGAAAAUACACGGAAGGAUGAUCAGAUACCUGUGGAAAUGCCCUGUAAUAAAGAGGCAAAGAAAGAGGUUGCUCUAUUGUCAGAGUCCAGCAAGCAAUUUUCCAUAGGUGCUUUCCAGCCCACAGACUCAUUCCAUGUUUCAUAUCCUGCUUCCUCAGUGCAGAUGGGAUCAUCUGCUUCCUGCUCUCUAGAGAAAACAAAGACGGCACAAGAGGCAGCUGCUUCUGGUAAGGAGAACAGUCAGUCACGGGUCCACAAGGAGGAACUUUUGGAGAAGAAAGCUGAAAAAGCAGCCAAUGAACUAAAUGCCUUGAGAAAGUUUUCUGUUUCCUCUGCACGGGAGAGACCAAGGACUAGAAGCCUACACUUCCCAGAAAGAUCAGAGUUGGAAAGCCCAUUAAAUACCGGAUUCUUUCUGUCCAAAGAAAAGGUUUCCUCAAGAAACGAGAAGUGGAAAGAAGACUUGCAGAAGGGAUCAGAUGUGGAGGAGGAAAAAAGCAGCAACAAAAAGCAGACUUUGCUGCCAGAGUCUGACUCUGAGAACACAGUCCAACCUACAGAAAUUUUGGCUGGCUGCGUUUCUCUGGCUGUCGAUGCCGUGCCGGUGCCAAGCGAUUCUUCAGUGGUAUCUCAGAAUCAGCCAAGCUGGGAAGAUAAAAGUCCUUUUCAAGUGAAACUUAGAUCCACCUCACUGUCCUUGAAAUACAGAGACAACUCGUCACCAGAAUCAAAAGGGAUUAAAAGAUACAGUGCAGAGUUUAAUUUAGAAAAUGAGGGAUUGACUUCCUCUCUAAAAGGUGGUAAGGCACAGGUCAAAAAAACGGCCGAUACAAAUAUUGGUGAUUCUUUAGAUGAAAAGAUCAAACCCAAAGCGAAGUCCUCUGAACAGCUUAGUAGCAAACCUCCAUUGCCUAAAAAGCCAGCCUUGCAAAACAUAACCAUUCCAAAUCCUGCUGCAAGCAAGGAGAAGCAGGACAAAGCUAUUCACUCUCCUGAAUCCCGAAAUGAAGAGCGAGACUUGGAGAAAAAGUCGAAUCCUUGUAAAGUGCCUGAGAGAAGCGUGCCUUCACCCAUGGCUGCUGGAGAGUCCGGAAGAGAUCCUGACAGUCCCGCAGAGCCAGCCUGGAUUUCCAUCGCAAGGCAAAAGCAGAGGGGUGUGCAGCAGGAGCAGGAACUCGACAGAGAAAAACUUGUGGCUCCAGAUGUUAAGUCAGAUACAGAGAAACAGAAUAAAGAGAAGGAACGAACAGAGGGGUCACUGAAGCAGCAGUGGAGCAAACCUUCACACUUGGCACCUAAAGCCACUUCUGAAGAACAGAGGAAAGAGACAAAGUCCGAAGUGAAGGAGCCGCUGCUGAGAACCAAUUCACUGUCACAUUAUGUCCCUGUAGCUCCGUCACCAGCACCGGUGGAUAAAGAGGAAAUAAGCCACUUUAAGAAAGCCAGUAAUGCUGCUCCGGAUCAGCCAUCGUGGAUGGAACUGGCCAAAAAGAAAUCGCAAGCUUGGAGUGAUAUGCCACAGAUUAUAAAAUAGAACGAUGCAAACAAAUAGCAUCUUUCACAAUUAAGUCAACUACUUAACCGAACUUCUACAGACCAGCUAAUCACAGGGAGGAGUCUCUUGAUACAGGAGAAGGGUUUUACUACACAGCUGUGGAGAAAGUGUGCAAUAGGUGCAGUCAAAAAGUUUACCUUCAACUUUGUAGCAAUCAGGAUUGCAAUGGCAAUGGAUUACUUAAAUUAUGCUAAGGACAUACUUACACUUCGGAAAAUAAAACUUUUACCUUAUGUAUUUCCUGUGUUUUCUGCUUUUAAUGACGUUUGCAUCGAAACGGGAUCUUUGCUAUACUUUACUGAACUUUUGCUGCUGGAAACUUCUCUUUGCUAUGGUUUUCUCUGUUUACACUUAUAAAUUGUGCACUAACAGCAUUCUGUUGAUGCGUUUCACUGGAAUUGCCUGACAUUCUUUUUAUCAAAGCUGUUUGGACCAUGGAGGUAUUCAUGAAUAGGGGCUGGGGAGUGCUCCAUUAAAAUGCGUUGCAUGAGCUGUGUGUUUGCCUAGCUGAGCCAAGUGGUCCAGUUUCAGGGCUUAGGUUACAUUUCGUGAGGCACAAAUACGCACAUUUAUGCGUGACCAUGAAUAAAAAUUCCUCAGUUCCUUCUGUGAGCAACCUUGGUUGCACAGCGUUUGCAAGCAGGCAGGCAGUAAGGAAACUGAACUGCGGCUGGAAGCUCAUCAAUGCGUUCACAGUUACUUUCCUACCUGAAUUUAUCUGGUUGCAACUGGUUUUAUGUGAAAUCAUCAUUCUCAAUUAGGAGGAUAGUAUGGGAUAGGUUGAUAGGACAGUAUGAAUUUAAUUAAAAAAUAAGAAUUUAAAUGCUUUUAACUAGAGUACAAACUGAAAUGCUGGGAAAAACUGUGAACUUCAGUUGCGAUGUCAACUUCACAUAUCUCCCCCUACAUAAUCUUAAUUAUUCUUAUUAAAAAAAUAGUGAUGUAUAGCAUCUCUGUACUUUACUACCUUUAUAUAAAAUUCUCAUGCUCAUCGGCCUGCAUCUCCCACAGCAGUUGGGGACUCCUGCUCUUGAAGUCUCCUAGGCUCUUCACCUUCACCUGUUUAACGAGACCGACAAGAGAAAUUAUUCUGCUUAUUGACCAAAAUCAUUCUGAAUAUAUUUUAAGACCUCCCCAUGAGUUAAAAGAAGCUGACAACAAAUCCCGUUAGCUAAUUUCUUUGGAACAAAAUGCCCCACUGCUAAGACAAACAUUUAACUUAGCGUACGUAUAUAUGUGCAAAGUAAUACCUUAGCACUGUGCUCCCUAGGUUUAUUUAUGUAUAUAUUUGUGAUUUUUGUUUUUCUUGUUGCAUUAACAUUCUUUUUGCAAAAAUUUAGCGAGACUUUAGGAAGCACAGAAUUUCCUAACACCUGCCUUUGCAGUUUCCAAAUCGUGUUUUCUCUAAGGAGGGAGGGAGGGAGGAAACUCCCUCGGUAAUGACAAUUGCAUUUUGUAAUGAAUAAAGAAAGGCGGCGUUGGAGCAUGUGAAUAUCCAAGACACUGAUCCCAGUUUUCAGGCAGGUUGUCUUUCAUUGUCAAAAACAGGACGAGGAAAAACAAGUUUUAUAUUAUUUGUCAAAGCCUUUGGAUAAAGCCAGUCAGCCACCAUCGCUGCUGAGGGCCUGAUGCGGCCGCUGGACAGACGAGCUCCAGCCCAUCUCAGGUCCCCACGCAAACUGGUUUCUGCCAACUGGCCCAGGGUUUUCUCCUUUAUGCAGAUCACAAAAGGCAGCGUGGAUGUCCCCGCUGAAAUGAGAAGUGGCAAGACAGCUCUCUGGUAAGCAGAUCCACAACAGAAAUAGUAACUUAAUUACGGGACAUGCAACCUUGGGCUCAGUUGCCCGAAGGUUGGUUGUGUAACCAACUUUCAAGUUGCUGCCCCAUAAGCAAGCAAGAACUCUCCUUAAUCUCAAGUGAUUUUUUGGGGGUAUUCAAAUCUUACUCUAGGACCUACAGUAGAAAUAGGUACAUUUUUCAGAUACGAUAAAAAACAUCUUAACUCCCUCUCUCUCCAAAACACCCUUUCUGUAAUAAACAACUCAAUAGCAUAAAGUGUAAUUUUAAGAUAAGCUAUUA